AUGAUAAAGGAGCUUAGAUUACGGCAAGGUGUCUACCAUGGUAUGUAUGGCACCAACAUACAUUACGAAAAAGUACUACAAGCCUUGCAUAUUGCUCCAAAUGAGUUUGCAACGGAGGAGAAGUGGUUAUGCGUGCCGGAUAUGGGUCACAUUGUUGUUACGAUGUACCAGAUUGUGUUCGUGACCUUGUCGAAUCGAGGGGGCGCCACCUACUUCCCUCUCACCGGUCCAGUGCUACAUCCGUCAGAGCACCAGAUUAUAUGUUUACUUCUUGUCAACAACAACCACUGGGUGAAGGUGCUUAUUUCAAGUGACUUUCCUUUGCCAACGGUUAAUCCACAAUGGAUGUAUCAUUGUACUGUUGAAGCUCGUGUUUAUGUUUCUGUUUUGUUAAAGUUUCUGUUUCUGUUGGAGUUUUUGUUUCUGUUUGUUUCUGUCAAGUUUUUGUAUAAUCUCGCCCUUUAA